UAUAACCCUUUUUUCAACAUAUUUAGUGUAACAUUGUCCACUUUUAGUAUAGUGCAUGUCCAAUUGAAGUAAUGGAUCAUGCAUCUUUGAUUGUGUCCUCUGAAUCUCUGAUUGUGCCUUCUGUUCAGGAAAUAGUAAAGGAGCCAUUGACAAGAGUUCCAGAGCGUUAUGUUCGUCCACAUCAUGACCGUCCAAUAAUAUCUACAACAACACCUUUGCUUGAGCUUCCUGUUAUUGACUUUAGCAAAUUGUUUUCCCAAGAUCUCACUAUAAAAGGACUAGAACUGGAUAAACUACACUCUGCCUGCAAAGAAUGGGGUUUUUUCCAGCUGAUUAAUCAUGGAGUGAGCACUUCAUUGGUGGAAAAUGUGAAGAUGGGUGCUAAGGAAUUCUACAAUCUUCCAAUUGAAGAGAAAAAGAAAUUUAGUCAGAAAGAAGGAGAUGUGGAAGGAUAUGGUCAGGCCUUUGUAAUGUCCGAGGAACAGAAAUUGGAUUGGGCAGAUAUGUUUUUUAUGAUUACUUUGCCAUCACAUAUGAGGAAACCUCAUUUAUUUCCUAAACUCCCCUUACCAUUCAGAGAUGAUUUAGAGACCUAUUCUGCAGAGCUGAAAAAACUGGCCAUCCAAAUCAUUGACUUCAUGGCAAAUGCCCUAAAAGUAGACGCCAAAGAAAUUAGAGAGUUAUUUGGUGAAGGAACUCAAUCAACUAGGAUAAAUUAUUAUCCACCAUGUCCUCAACCAGAGCUUGUUAUAGGACUCAAUUCUCAUUCAGAUGGUGGUGGCCUCACCAUACUUCUCCAAGGCAAUGAAAUGGAUGGUCUUCAAAUUAAAAAAGAUGGAUUUUGGAUUCCUGUUAAACCCCUACCUAAUGCUUUCAUCAUCAAUCUUGGAGACAUGUUGGAGAUUAUAACAAACGGAAUAUACCCAAGCAUUGAGCAUCGAGCAACAGUGAACUUAAAAAAAGAAAGACUUUCUAUAGCUACAUUUUACAGUCCUAGUAGUGCAGUAAUUCUACGCCCAUCACCAACCCUUGUUACUCCAAAAACACCAGCACUAUUCAAACCAAUUGGUGUAACUGAUUUCUACAAAGGAUACCUUGGAAAAGAACUCCGUGGAAAAUCAUUUCUUGAUAGUUUGAGGAUCCAAAAUGAAGAUGAGAAACACACUUAGGUGUUGAAUGAUCAACGAUGGAAAUUAUACUGGAUUAUUACUAUAUAGGCUCAUAAGCAUUCAGUAUAAAAUAAUUUGUAUGAGCUUAUAAUUAUAAAUAAAUAAAAUGUAAUUGUGCAUCCUUGUUUUAAUUCAACCAAUGAGUUAAGUAAUUUGUCAUA